AGGAGGGAUAAGUGCUCCAGCUACAAGAGGAUAUGAUGAACCCCCAAUUUGUUGUGAUCCUGCUUGGAACCCUGCUGGCAGCUGCUUUGGGAAACCGCAUGCGGUGCUAUGACUGCAGCGGAGGCCCCAGCAGCUCCUGCAAACACACAGUGACCACCUGCAGCGAGGGCGAAAGCUGUGGCUUCCUGGAGCGCAAGCCCCAGCCAGGCCUGGGGCAGGUCAAGCAAUGUGAGUCUCUCCCACUUCCCUCUGCUUCCACGUUGAGUCAUCACCACCCUGCCUGCGUGGCCACUCAGCACUGCAAUCAAGUGGAAAUAGAGUCGGUGGGAGACGUGACUUUCACUACCCAUAAGAACUGUUGCUUCGGAGAGCUGUGCAAUAGCGCCGUGACAAGCACCAUAGCCCCUGUGUGCAUCUUGGCUGUAGCUGCCACCACCCUGGCCUGGCUUUUGCCAGGACUGUGGGGAGGGUAG